AUGGAGCAUAUGAAAACUGCAGAAGUCUGGACCCAUACACACUUUCUCCAGAGGGAUCCACUGUACCAGGAAGAAAAGCCAUACUCACUGCGUUACACCCCACCUGAGGGGUUUCCAAGGGCCAAUAUCAAGCUGGAGAGAUAUGAAAUCAUGGUGCAGGACAUUCGACCUGAUAAAGAUAAGGUAUCCUUCAGAAGAGAUGGCUGCUGCAUCAAUGAUUUCAGAAGCAGGAUGAAGUACGGGGACUGGGACGACGAUUCAAAAGUCAAAGAGAUAUACUUGCGUGAGGUGGCUGAUAUGCUUCGCAAGACUCUGGGUGCUUGCCAUGUUCAGAUCUUCGAGCACACCGUCCGGAAACGUCAUGAGAUCUUUCCCAUCUCGACUGGGGAACCCUACAAGUACAAUCAACCUACUUCUAUCGCGCACAUAGAUACGACGGUACCUUGGGUCCUGGACAUGGUCCGUUCGCUCAACCCGGAAAAGGCCGCUGAGAUCUUGAAGCAUCAAGUCCAAUGCGUGAAUGUUUGGAAACCCCUCGUUGGACCAGUCAAGGAUUGGCCCUUGGCAAUGUGUGAUCCCCAGACGAUGAAUGUUGACCAGGACCUUGAGCCAUGCGAUCUGGUGUAUCCAGACUAUGUUGUCGAAAACCGCCAAGUCUACUAUUCAGACGCUUUCAAAUGGUUCUAUCUUAGCAAUCAGCAGCCAAACGAGGCUUGGGUGUUCUUACAGUCCGACACUGACCCGAGCGGAAAGCCUGUUGCCCACACUUCUUUUCCAAUUCUGUUUCGGAACGAGGAUACAGCACCAAGGGAGAGUAUUGAAGUCCGCGCUCUCGUUUAUUACGGCGGAUUUUGA